AUGACAGACGCCAGAAAGAAUAUCCUUUUAUUCUUCGACCGCCCCACCGAACCAUGUUUCAUGCAGAAAGGAGAGGAAAAAGCUUGCUUCGACUUGCCGGAUAACUUUUACCCGGACAAAUACAAAUCGCUGAGCAACACCCUGUCCAGCAGAUUUGGUUCUGACGCGCAAAGGACUAUCCCUGUGCGAAACAUCGCGCUACCAAACCUACAGUUGCCGAUGGAACUGCCGUACAACGACCAAUUCUCUCUUUUCAUUCCUAAACAUCGACAGAUGGCUGGCAAACUCAUUGAUGUAUUUAUGGGUAUGCGUGACUUAGAGGACUUGCAGUCCGUUUGCUCGUACUGCCAGCUCCGAAUCAAUCCAUACAUGUUUAAUUACUGUCUAUCCGUUGCACUCUUACACAGACCUGAUACAAAAGGGAUGAACCUUCCAACUCUAACAGAGACGUUCCCGGACAAAUUUAUGGAUUCAAAAGUAUUCCGUCGUGCUCGAGAAGUCAGUACCGUCGUUACGUCAGGCCCUAGGAUGCCAGUAGUCAUACCGCAAAACUAUACUGCGUCGGAUUCCGAACCAGAACAGCGUGUAGCGUACUUCCGGGAAGACGUUGGCAUUAACCUGCACCACUGGCACUGGCAUCUCGUCUACCCCUUCGAUGCGUCUGAUCGAGCCAUCGUGAAUAAGGACAGGAGAGGAGAACUCUUCUACUAUAUGCAUCAACAAAUUAUUGCCAGAUUUAACGCGGAGCGAAUGUGCAACAAUCUCGGACGUGUAACGCGUUAUAACAAUUUCCGCGAGCCUAUUUCUGAAGGAUAUUUCCCUAAACUGAAUUCCCAAGUUGCAAGUCGCGCUUGGCCCCCAAGAUUUACGGGAUCCACCAUUCGGGACUUAGAUAGGCCAGUAGAUCAAAUCAGAAGCGAAGUUUCUGAACUGGAAACUUGGAGAGACCGCAUUAUCCAGGCCAUCGAGAAUAAUGCAAUCCUGUUGCCUAAUGGUCGUCAAAUGCCGUUGGACGAAGAGACCGGCAUCGACGUGCUCGGGAACAUUAUGGAAUCGUCAAUCAUCAGUCGUAACCGGCCAUACUAUGGAGACAUGCACAAUAUGGGACACGUCUUCAUCUCAUACAGCCACGAUCCAGAUCACCGCAAUCUUGAACAAUUUGGCGUAAUGGGUGAUUCUGCAACUGCCAUGCGAGAUCCAGUGUUCUACCGCUGGCAUGCUUACAUCGAUGACAUCUUCCAACUGCACAAGAAUAAGUUGCCAGCUUAUGAUAACAAUAGUCUGGGAUUUCCCGGUAUCCGAGUAGCAUCGAUUGCCGUGGAAGGUAAAGCUGGAAGGAAUACAUUCGCUACGCACUGGGAACAGAGCACGGUGGAGCUGAGCCGCGGGCUGGACUUCACUCCGCGUGGCAGCGUGCUGGCCCGCUUCACGCAUCUCCAGCACGAGGAGUUCAACUACGUCAUCCAGGUGAACAACACAACUGGUAGAAAUACAAUGGGCACCGUGAGAAUAUUCAUGGCGCCAACUGUUGAUGAAAAUGGUACUCCCCUAUCCUUCGACGAACAAAGGAAACUCAUGAUUGAGCUUGACAAGUUCUCACAAGCAUUACGUCCCGGAAUGAACACGGUAACCAGAAGUAGCAUGGACUCCUCAGUGACGAUCCCGUACGAACGUACGUUCCGCAACCAAGCCAAUAGACCUGGUGACCCGGGCUCUGCGGAAGCCGCCGCGUUCGACUUUUGCGGCUGUGGAUGGCCACACCAUAUGCUUCUACCUAAAGGAACUACCACGGGAUACCCUAUCGUCCUAUUUGCCAUGGUGUCUAACUGGGCUGAUGAUAGUAUCAAACAAGACACUGUAGGCACUUGUAAUGAUGCUGCUUCAUAUUGCGGCAUCCGCGACCGGCGUUACCCAGACCGUCGUGCAAUGGGCUACCCCUUCGACCGCCCAGCUCGAAAAGGCGUCAACACUAUAAACGACUUCCUCUUGCCCAACAUGGCAAAGACAGAUUGCCGAAUACAAUUCACCAACGCCACCAGGCCAAGACCUCAACAAGCCUAA